CCUUUAAAAAGUGACGCAGUUCGGGCCAGUGCCCCACUUUGUUGUGCGAGAAACAACUCUGCAGGUUCUGCUGGUUCGGUGCAGGGCCCUCCGCCGUCACCAUGGCGUUUUUAUUGUGGAACCCGUUCAGCACCGCGGUGGGGCAGAGGAUCGAACGCGCAACUGGAUCCAGUCUGGCAUCAGAAGACUGGACGCUCAACAUGGAAAUCUGCGACAUGAUUAACAGCACAGAAGAAGGACCAAAAGAUGCAGUCAGAGCCAUAAGGAAAAGGAUUGUGGGAAACAAGAACUUCAAGGAAAUUAUGCUGACGCUCACUGUCCUGGAGACGUGUGUGAAGAACUGUGGCUACAGAUUUCACAUCCUCGUGACCACACGGGAUUUCAUAGAGGGGGUUCUGGUGCGGUCGAUCAUCCCGAGGAAUAAUCCUCCAUUGGUCGUGCAUGACAGAGUGCUCAGCAUCAUACAGGCGUGGGCCGACGCAUUCCGUAGCUCACCUGACCUGACGGGUGUGGUGUCUGUGUAUGAAGAUCUGAGAAGGAAAGGGCUUGAGUUCCCUAUUACUGAGGUGGAUGGCUACUCACCAGUUCAAGCCCCAACAAGGACUUUUUCUGGGAACGGGCCUGUUGUUACUACUCUCCUGUCUUCUAAACCCGUCGCACUCUCUGAGCCAAACCAAAACCAGGGUGGAAGCAAUGCCUUCACUCCUGACCAGGUAAAGAAGCUGAAGGCAGAGCUGGGAGUGGUGAGGAGUAACCUGUCGGUGAUGUCAGACAUGAUGAGUCAGCUGGACCCAGUCACAGUGAAACAAGCAGACAUUGAGUUGCUGGAGCAGUUAUACACAAUGUGUAAGGAAAUGCAGGACAGGAUCGUGAAGAUUGCCCCCAGACUCAGUGAGGAGAAGCUGAUUGAAGAGUUGCUGGCAACUAAUGACGAGAUUAACACCACUUUCAAUCGCUACCAGAGGUUUGAAAAACGACUGAAUGGUCAACACUCCACAGAGAAGAACCACACAUACGUCAACCUAAAUAACCUCCAUUUCACAGCUGAGCCCUUAAACCAAUUAGCAGUUGUGUCGUCGACCACCAACAGCUCUCUCAGCCAAUCAACAGCUUACACGUUGUCCAGUCAGAUGGCAAUGCUGAAUACAAGUGAAGAAGAUGAGUUGGGCACAUUUGCACCCAAAAGGCACAUUUCAAAUGGCGCACAGAGAGAAGAUACAGUUGAUGACCACACUGACGGUCAGGACCACAGAUUGCACAAUACUGGAACGGAUAACAGCCCAGGCUCCACCCGCAGCUCGUCACCAAAGUUAGACUGGAUGAUAAAAAGGGGAAUGAUUCCUAUCAACCAGUCCACAGUAAUGGAUGAUAUUGAGAAAUGGCUUGCACUAGAUGAUGAGUUGCCAAUGCAGUACAAUGAUUUUGAUGAUUCAGAAGGAGUGACCAGUGAAGAGUUUGACCGGUUUUUGGCUCAAAGAGUAAAAGCAGCGGAGCGGCUUCCAUCACUGAGAGCCUCCUCGCAAGAAACCAACCACUCUGAGUCUUAAGUCAAACUAUUCAAACACAGGAUCGAGAGAUUGUUUUUGGUGAACAGUUAGUUGAAUGGCACAUUUGACACUGUCAUGGGAAUUACAGCCUGUAAUGAAGGACGGCUGACCCAUGCAGCCAAACGAUUAUGAAGAAGUUAAUUGAUGAAGGACUGAGGUGGUUACUUGAUAAGGGUUUACCCAUGUAUAGAAUGCAAACUUUUGCACAUUUUAUAUGGUUACAUUCCUGCUGUUGAAGUCAAGAGGAGCUAUUGUUAUAGGAAACAUGUUUUAUGACAUAAAUUGUGGAUUAUAUUGCUUUGAUAUAUAUUGUGAAAUAUCACAAAAUGCUCCUGUAAAAGUAGCAAACACUGUAAGUAAAAAGCUCAGUUAUUAUGUAAGGGAAUAUUUUGAUGCUUGUUUUCACAUUAUUUGUAAAGUUGGUUGUCAAAAGAAUC